AUGGCUAUCGAAUUCAAGCGUCACGAUUACCAAACACGCGAUUCAUGUAUUUUGGUCAAGAAUGCAAGGAUCAGCCUUGAAGGGUGUGAAUUCCUUGAAACUGAAGAUGUAAAUGGGCAUCAUAGAGGUGUUGUCUUGAAACUACCCGAAGAGAAGGUAGACAGGAUGAAGGAGAUUGAGGGAGAGGAUGAGAGCAUCGAAGAAUACGAACACUAUGAGUACGAUCCGAUUACCGGUACGAAUCUCAAUAACCCAGGUGAGCUCAGGAUCAAUAUUGAAACACAAGAUCUGUUUACUCACCCAAGCGAGAGCUAUCUGAUCAUCGAAGGGCGUCUGACAAAAACUGACGGGACCGCUUACGCAAACGAUGAUAACGUUACACUGACGAAUAAUGCUCUCAUGUAUCUUUUCAGCAACAUCAAGUACCAGCUUUCAGGACAGGAGAUUGAAUCUCUCUUUCAUCCAGGACAGGCAUCUGCAGCUGCAGCAGCAGGCAAUGCCGGAUUUAGCGUUCGCCAAUCCUAUAUAACCAAAUCUCCUGAUCCAAAGGGCACAUUUAGUUUCAGAGUACCACUCAAGCACAUCUUUGGAUUUUGCGAAGACUAUGACAAAAUUGUGUAUGGUAUGAAACAAACCCUGACUCUGGUGCGGAAAACGGACAACGAUGCGAUCUUCAGGAAUGCAAAUGUUGAUGAUGGGAAAAUUACCUUCGAAAAGGUGUCGUGGUUUAUGCCUCAUGUACUACCCGCAGAUGCUGAAAAAUUUCAGCUUUACAAGACACUCGAUUCAAAUGAGCUUCUACCCGUAAUGUACAGGAUCAGGCAAUGUGAUUACAUCUCCAUACCACAGUCAACUAGCUUCACCUGGAGACUAUCUGUCAAAUCAGCGCCUGAAAGACCGCGCUAUAUCAUUGUCGGUUUCCAAACUGACAAAGACGGUGACCAAGAGCAGAAUCCUUCCAUCUUUGACAACGUCAAUGUGAGGAAUAUAUUUGUCAUGCUAAACUCGGCUAGAUACCCCGCAGUUGACUACAACCUCUCCUUUCCCAAACAGCAAUUCAGUCGGGCGAACGGUGAUGUAGCAGCCUUCAGGUCCAAGUUUUACAACAUGGACGAGUUGGUGUCAAACCCCAACAUCACCCCGCCGAUUACAAGACACUUUUCCCACUGUUUGUGUUCGACGUCAGCAAGCAGAGUGAGCGACUGA